UUAAAAAAAUUCCUCUACUCCUACCAGUGAAAUCUAAAUUUUUUUUAAACUUUUGCGUGAUAGUGCUUGGUCUGUAGCACCUUCAGUAAUUUUGUUUCCAUGCAAAAAGAUGAGGCUCAGGAACGGCAGCCAAAUUUAGAAUUUAAUUUUUGGUGCAAAAAUCGCACUGCUUACUAAGAAAUAAUCGAGUUCAUUCGACAAGUAUUUAAAAAUUGGAGGAAGCUGAAAAGUUUUAAACGAUAUUAUGGCCACCUAGUGGAACCUUCUUCCUUCUCUUUUAAACACUAACAUCUUAUCUGAUGCUAACAGUGCUCUUGGCAACCGCAUUUCUUUGGAUGUGCUUCUUAACAUACAAGUCUAUGGGAGAUGAGUCUUGUUUCGAGUUCGCCGCGGGCGCUGAGGGCGUUAGUUCCCUCUGCUGGCACCCGACGGACACCUUCUGGGUCGCUUAACAGUUUUCAGAAACGCUCACCCAGAAAUGUCGUUUGCUACAUUUUUCAGAGGUGCAGUUAUAAGCGCCAGAAAAAUGACCACUACCCCUUCCCCUAAACACUCGCCCCGCCCCUUAUUAUCAUAGCGAAUAUGCUCCACUUUGAUAUUUUUGGGUUCCCAAUUAAAAGUUGUACUAGAAAAUACAAAGACGAAAACAUAAAUGUAUACGGAAGAGGCCAAAAAAAUCCGCAAGGAUUCCAGUGACGUAACCAUUGAGCGCCAGAAACGCGAGGCUGAACUGGAGAAGGCCAAGGAUGCGCAUGUGGCCAAGUAUGCCAAGAACGAGGUGGAGCGUGGUGCCCAGCUGACCCAGACCGCCUUGGACAAGAGCAGCAUGGCCGCCAACAUCGAAGUCUCCAUGGAUAGCGCUGCUGGGCGCACUGUGAGCGGCGGUACGACUGUUCCCGAAUCCGUGACCACUCCCAGCGAUGUUAACGAGAAGGACAAGCCUGUGGGCGAGAAGAUCAAGGACACCUUCCUGGGCCGCUAAGCGCCGUCGCGGCGGUUCCGUUGGGGAUGCCGCUUUUUAUUACUCUUAUCCUUGGACGGAGCAAGCUCCGCUCCUGCGCUCACCCUUGGUUUCAUUUAUUAAUUGUAAUCUCUGAUUGACGUGCUGUAUCACUGGGUCGUCGUGUUAUCCUGUUUCACAGUAACUACCAAAUAAUGAAUUUCGACUGCUUUGGUGGUCGUACCGGCAAAGGUGGUUUGCAUCAAACUUGUGGACGAUUUUUUUAUACGUUUGACCGAUUCGGUUGUUUGGCUGUUUGCGUUUUUUGUGUUAAUUUUGGGGGAAUGUAAUUAUUUAAAUGCGAUUCAAAAAUUA